UGUCCAUCUCGCAUUUCAUUCAGUUUCUUUUGCCUUCAAUCCGCUUCUCCCUCCUCAGAAAGACGCCGAGUAUCUCUCCAUCUUCAGUCGUUGUGGACUCCUGGUCUCAGAUUACCGGUUGCAACUGUUUCCGAUUAGAGAAGGAUGGCUUUGUAUGGGCCCAAAGUAGAUGGAAGAGAAGUGAAGAUUUAUGAAAAUCUGAAUGAACUAAGCACAGGUUUGGCGGAAUAUAUCGCAGAAUUAUCUGAGGAUUCGGUUAAGGAAAAGGGCACUUUUGCCAUUGCAUUGUCCGGUGGAUCUCUGAUUAGCCUCAUGGGAAAGCUAUGUGAACUGCCUUUCAUCAAAACUGUGGAAUGGGGAAAAUGGCACAUAUUUUGGGCUGAGGAACGUGCAGUGUCUAAGAGUCAUGUUGAUAGCAACUACAAACUAACCAAAGAUGCCUUUUUGUCCAAGGUGCCGGUUGGUCCUGGUCAAGUACACUCAAUCAAUGACGCAGUGUCAGCAGAGAAGGCUUCAGAAGAGUAUGAAUUUGUUAUAAGACAACUAGUGAAGACUCGGGUAAUCAGUGCCUCUGACUUCAGCGACAGUCCCAGGUUUGACCUUAUACUUCUAGGAAUGGGGCCCGAUGGGCACGUGGCAUCCUUAUUCCCCGGUCACCCAACCCUUGCCGAAAAAGAAGACUGGGUGUCGUUUUUGACUGACUCGCCUGAACCCCCGCCUGAGAGGAUCACUUUUACUUUGCCUGUUAUUAACUCUGCCUCAAACGUGGCAAUGGUUGUUGUUGGUAGCACCAAGGCAGAAGCUGUUCAUUUGGUUGUUGAUGAAGUCAGGCAAUGGCCGGAUUCUCCAUUUUUGCCUGCUAGGAUGGUCCAACCCUGUCAGGGAAAGUUGGUUUGGUUUCUGGAUAGGGCAGCUGCAUCAAAGCUUGAGGAGUUUUCUCAAUCUCAAUACUAAGAAUAAAUGGAGUUUAGGUUCAAUGCCAAAUGUAUCUGUAUGUAGUAAAGGAGAGGAUGUGAAAACUUUAGUUUACUUCUAGUUUCUAUAUGUCAUUUUUUACUUCAUGAUUGAUGAUCUCAAAUUCUC